AAGCUCUUUCUCGUUGUUGUUGUUGUUGUUGUUGUUGCGGUUCUUCUCCCUCUACACUCUCUGUUCUCUUCACGAGCUCGCGAGAUUUUAAAAACCCAUUCCCUUUUGAUCUCACCGUGAGUUUUUGCGCAAUGCCGUUACCCUGAAUCUAGCACCGAAUUAGAUUUGAUACACUAUCUACGACCACAUCGCGAGAGAAAAAAACCCUUACUUCUUCGAAUGGGGUCGGUGCCGUCAACGCCGCGCAGGGGUGGCGCAUACUCUCCGGAGACGGCGGAGUAUCUGAUCGGAACUUUCGUCGGCGACACGCCCUUCCCCCUCUCAUCGGAGUUCUGGCAGAAAUUGCUGGAGCUUCCUCUCAAUGUUCAAUGGUCCACUCAGCGUGUUCAACAAGCUUGCGAGCUAUUAGCCAAAAACAAUUGUCACACCAGGCAUCUUGCGAAGAUUUUGUUCCAUCUAGCGUGCUGCUUGCAAGAGUACAUGUCUUCUUCUGGUGCGUUGCCCUUGGUCUAUGAAAAGGCUUUUAAUGCAGUGUACAUCAGUUCGAUAUUUUUAAAGCACUUGAUUGAGAGCGUCCAUGGUGAGAAUAUCCAGUUAUACCUGUCUCUUGAAGAUAAUGAGGAUGUACAGAAGGAUGUUUUGAGAGACCAAACCAUCAAAAAUCUUGUUAUGCGUAAUGUGCUGAGCUUUAUAGCAUCAGUAGAAGUGAGUCCCGACACAUUUCUCCUACAUCUAGAGCUGCUUAAUUUCAUGAUUAUUGGAAUGUCAACUCAACUUCUCUGUGGGCCAUCUCCUGGACCAAAUGAUGUGAACCCCUUUCUUGAUGCAGCAAUGGCUCAGGACAGCUCUCUGGUUGGUGCAGUUGUUUGCAGAUUGCUUCUAAAUUUCAUGGCCCGUUCUAAUGUUCCAUCUAAUAGGGCAACUUAUUCCAUCUUGUAUGAUGGAAAUCAGAGUAGUGUGCUACAGAGAGUUGGUUCUGCAGCUGCAAAUAUUGUUUUAUUUCCAUUUAGUUAUCUGGUCAGUUCGAGUGGUGAAGAAUCAAAAAGUCCUAUUGCAGAUAUCAGUAUUCAUGUGCUUCUUGUUCUCGUUCAUUAUCAUAAAUGUCUUGUGAGCGAGGAUUACGCGAAUCACAAAUCUUCCACAUCAGAUUCUUUACUCAAAGAAAAUCCUCACUUUUCUGACAAUCCUUACUGCAAGGCCUUAGAACAUGCAAUUGAUUGUGAAUUGGAUCGUGUAGAUAUUGAGGGCAAUGCACAUAGUGCUCGACACAUAAAGCUUCCCUUUGCUUCAUUGUUUGAUACACUUGGCAUAUGCUUAGCUGAUGAGGCAGCUGUUCUAUUGCUUUACUCAUUGUUGCAAGGGAAUUCUGCCUUUCUGGAGUAUGUAUUAGUGCGGACAGAUCUGGAUGCAUUGUUAAUGCCAAUUCUGGAAGCUCUAUACAAUGCUCCAAGUAGGACUGCUAAUCAAAUUUACAUGUUGCUAAUUAUACUUCUCAUACUCAGUCAAGAUUCUUCUUUUAAUGCAAGCAUUCAUAAGCUGAUAUUAACUGGUGUUCCUUGGUACAAAGAACGCCUGUUCCAUCAGACUUCUCUUGGUUCGCUCAUGGUCAUAAUUCUUAUCAGAACUGUACAGUAUAAUUUGUCAAAACUACGGGAUGUCUAUCUCCAAACAACAUGCCUGGCAACCUUGGCAAACAUGGCACCUCAUGUUCAUCGUUUGAGUGCAUAUGCAUCUCAGAGAUUAGUCAGCCUUUUUGAUAUGCUUUCACGCAAGUAUAACAAAUUAGCUGAACGCAGAGAUAAUAAGCUCCAUAUUGCAAAAGGAAACUCAGUUGAAGGAAACAACCUUGUAGAAGAUAUGAUUCUUUUGGUGCAGUCAACUGAAUUGCACAUUUAUACUGACUUCUUGAGGCUUGUACUAGAAAUAAUAAAUGCAAUCCUGACUUAUGCACUACCUCGGAAUCCUGAGGUAGUGUAUGCAAUAAUGCACAGGCAGGAAGUCUUUCAGCCAUUCAAGAAUCAUCCACGUUUCAAUGAACUGAUUGAUAACAUUUAUACUGUAUUAGAUUUUUUCAAUAGUCGAAUGGAUGCUCAAAGAGAGGAUGGUGACUGGUCAGUCCAUGAAGUGCUCCAAGUCAUAAUUGUAAAUUGUCGUUCUUGGAGGGGUGAUGGAAUGAAGAUGUUUACUCAACUGCGCUUCACAUAUGAACAAGAGAGUCAUCCAGAGGAGUUUUUUAUCCCAUAUGUCUGGCAGCUAGUUCUAUCCCAUUGUGGAUUCUCAUUCAACACAGGAGCCAUAAAUUUGUUUCCAGUUGAUCUACAAACAGAAAGACUUGAAAAUGGGGUGGUGGGAAGCACACUCCAAAAUGGUGAUUUUGACAAGUCUGAGUAUCAGCUUGAUCCAUAACAGGGGGAAGACAAUAUCGUUCUAUUGGUGAAUAUUUGUACAUAUGCAAUACGUACGAUUUCUGGAAAAAAAAAAAAAGAAGGAAACUGCUAAGAUGUGUAUUGUUCUCAUUCUUUUCUGUUCAUAAAUUUGAGUGUAGAGGUUCAUUCCCGUAGAUGAAAAUCAGAUAUCAGUGUAAUCAAUAAGGGGUGACACUAGAUAUCCAUGUCAUAUCAUAAGUUUUUGGAGCUGUGCUCAGUUGCUUGUGGUUCGGUAACUGCUUUUCACCUGGGAAUUCUCUCGCUUUGUAUUGCAUGUCUAUUUACGAUUGUUAUAAUUGAACAAUAAGGGAAUAUUGACAUAGAAAUUAUGAUGCGAUUCGUUUAUCAAU